AUGGACCAGUCCGUCUCUCCCCAGCGGUUCAAAUAUGCGUGCACCGAAUGCCAAAGGAGGAAACAAAAAUGCAACAAAAUCUUCCCUUGUGUACACUGCAAGUCUCGAGGAGUCCAACGCAAUUGCAUCUUCAAAGAAAAGCCAUCAAAACCAGCUAAUCCACCACCACAAGCGAGUGGUGCUACUACCAGCAAGACAACCGCUGGAGUCGGAGCUUCCAAGAAACGGUAUCGCGGCAGCAGCGAAGACUCCAGUUCCGACAAUGACUCUGACGCAGACACUGGUAAUGGAGGACUCGAUUCCGUCGUACAGAAUGGCGUCCCUACGAGACAACCCCGACCUCGACGCAACAAGCAGUACCACCUUUCAGCCGCGGCCUGUACCGAACUGCGCUCUGCACUCGCCAUUAUCCCAGAAGACCGGAAUCACGUAGAUGCCCUCAUACUGAGCUUUUUCCAAAACGUAAACCCGCACUAUGGCAUGAUUCAUAAAACCGAUUUUGGCAGAGAGUACAAUCGUUGGUGGAAAAAAAGGUCCAAAAAUAAACCACUGCCAGUUCCAUGGACAUGUUUGUUACUGAUGAUGUGCGCGUGCGCCUGUCAGCAUUUACCUGUUGACAUACAGAAGAAACUCGAGAAAAUGCUCGGUAAUGAUUGCCAGGAGUGUACCGAGUCUUUUCAUUAUGCAGCGCGCUAUCUCUACAGCGCCAUGCCUACCGGUCAUUACCAUAAGAACAAUGUAUUGUGGCUCUUGCAUUCGACGUACUGGUACAAAGCCGAGGCCAUGUUCGUUGAGGCCUGUCACAUGUUCUAUACAGCCGUUCGUGAAGCCCAAGAACUCGGAUUCGAUACGGAACGAGAUGCAAAUGACGUACCCAACUUCGAGCUCGAAAUACGGCGGAGAGCUUGGUGCGUAAUCGACUCGUGGGACUGGCAGAUAGCGUCCGGAUUAUCUCGAGAUACUAUGGUUGAUCACAGCAUGUGUAAUGCGAAACGCCCAUCAUUAACAUUGGAACCGGACGGAGAGUUCUCUCCUUUGAUGCACAUGAACAUGCAGUCAGAUCUAAUCCACAGACUGGCCGGCCGCUUCCCUUGCCCGGCCCAAAUCAAGACACGCAGCGAGGUCAUGGAAUACAAAGGCAUGAUUGAUGAGUGGAUGAGAAAUUUCCCUCCAAUCUUUGCAUUGACAAACCCAGACACGUCAAACGACAAGAAGCAGGCCUGGAUCGAGUACCAUCGCCACUACAACUACACCAUGGGAUACAUGAUGGUCCUGAAUCCAUUUCGGCCGCACAUGGCGCUGCCAUACACCGACGAGUCUUCUGCGGAAGAGCUCGAGCUCCGUAGGACUGCGGUUGAUUUGACCCUGCUGAUAGUGCAAGUCCUGGACAACUGGCUAAAAUUUCUCACUUUUCGGGACGGACGGUUUCAUUUCAUCAUCUUUUCUCUUGUUGACGCCGCGACUGUGAUGAGCAACAUGGUGCUCAACGACAAAGCCCAGACGCUUCCUCGCCGAGACGAUGUUUACCGUGCUAUCAAGACUACUCUGGUGCUCCAGAGGAAGCUCUACUUCUUGUCUGGCUCUGCCAAACUAGGGUUCAGAAUUGUUCAGAGAAUCGUUCGGCACCUUUUUCGCUCGACACCG